AUGAUCCUUUUGCAGUCGUGUACUCUGUCAUUCAGCGCCUCCACCAGCAGUGAUGAAGGUCCAUACGCAGUCCAGCUGGUGAUGGAGGACUUUCCCAGACAGACGAUCACCCUGACUCAAGGCGGAAGCUUCCAGACGAAGAUAACUACAAACAACGCUAUCAGCAAAAUACCUGUCCAAUUUGUUCUACAGGUGGAUCCUGCGGUGCCAUCCUGCACAGAGGGACUCUAUCUGCCAGCGUUCCUGCCUCCAACACCGGCCAACAGAGCUCGACUUUACACCCCCGUCAAUCAGACCCUUGACAUCAGCAUUAAAGCAGCUGCAACUUUCUCCACGGUCUCUGAGCUGCUGUUCAGCGGGCCGCACAACGUGAACCAGACCAGAUCAGGACCAGGUCAGUUUACCCUGAGCUGGACGCCGUCUCAGAGCGAGGAGGGAGAGAGCCAACCCAUCUGCUUCAUUGUCCAAGCACUUUCCAAUUCAACAAAGUAUCACUCUGAGCAGCGAUGUGUCAUCGUCAGUGUUGGAAACGAUCCAUCACCAAGCGCUGAACCAACUUCAGAGGGACCUACGCCAUCGUCCCAAACAAUUGUCAUUCGCUUGACCGCGAGAAUUUCCUCUGUGGUGGCUCUGACUGAGGAAGACAUCAGGAGUGCGGUCGUACAGCAGCUUAAAAACGAACUGGUGAAACUCGGAUUGCCACCCAGCGCCAAUCUGACGUUACUGAGGAAGGUGUAACUGGAAACUACAGCCACUGGGGACCCCUGCCGCUUCAUCGUGGUCACCUAUCCACUCGUGCACAAAAUCUAAGAAGUUUUCAUUUAAAUUUAAAGGUUGAACUGGGGAAACUGGGCUUUGUUUUUAUCAAGGUCCAUUUAGUAGCUGUUAUUGACAAUACACCACUGUUCACACACAUACACACACUUUAACGUGUAGUCAGAGACACAUAGCGUAAACACACACGCAU